AAACUGUUAAUUAUUUUUUUUAUUAAUUAUGAUUUAUCAGUGUCAGUACCAAUGACUGGAUUAUUAAUUACUUGCUAGCCUAGUAGUAUUGUCUUAGGCAAAUUACUUGACGAAAGUCCUUCAGUAAGUCUCUUACGGAAGAUUUAAAAAAAGAUGGAUUGCGUUUAAUUAUCUAAUUCAACAAAAUGAAAUUUCGAUUUCUUGGUGAUGGCGACUGUCCAGAUUGGUUACUGGCACAAAUAAUAACUAUGUCACGCAUGACUUCAAUUAAAAUGAAAUUAUUGGGUCAGCUCGUUGUUAAAUCAAUUCUCAAUAAUGGUGAAAUUGACGAAGAUAAAAUAAAGAAGCUUACUCAAGAUGCUAAAUUAGACUGGGACGAUGCAAUUUCAAUUGUAUCGGCAUUGGAAAUGAUAAUGACGUCAUCAUCACGUUACGAAGUAAAUGCAGAUGAUUUGAGCAGUGAAUUACAACAAUUAGGGCUGCCUAAAGAGCACAGUAUUGUGAUUGGUCGUCUGCAUACUGAUAAUUACAGCCAAAUUCACGACCAUCUUCUAUCGCAAUCUUUGCGCCUGAAUGCUUUGUCAUCAAUAGAAGUUGAAACUAAAAAAGAUGACAUUGAAAAUUCAAUAAUUGUAACAAUGGGAUUAAAAAUAAAAAAAAUUGACGGUAGUGAUGAAAAAGUAACCGUCAACAUACCGAAAGAAAAAUUGACCAUUUUAAUCGAGGAGAUGAAAAAAGUACGAGGUAUGAUGGAGGAUAUGUGUAGUAUAAAAACAAUGUAAUCAUAAAUUUAAUAAAAAAAUAAAAUAUAUAUAAA